AUGCUACAUGUACCGCAGUCAACAUCCGCACUGCCAUUACUUCGCACUCGUUUUAUAUUGCUGCUGCUAUCGCUCAUAUUCCUCAUCGCAUCCGAGUCUGCGUCUGUUGCGACAUUCGCAAAACACAAGAGCAUCCAGCAUCUUAUAAACAGUUCGGUGCAAACUGGUGUGACUGUAGAGCUAGGAUACCACGAUGUGAUGAUUACCAUAGUCGUCUUCUUCAUUGCCGCACAGCUCCUGACGACCCUCGUAUCAAAUAUUGUAAUCGUCCAUCUACAAAACGUCUACAACAUCUUACCUCCUCGUAUUGCCAAGAAACUCGGUCUCGCGAAUACCCAGUUGGCAUCCUCUACACUCGGGUAUCAGGCACUGGCAUUCGCAGUUCUCCUCAUAUUCAACGUCAUAUCACUCGCAUUCUUUACAGUAUACACGUUCACCCGAGGGCAUACCAUCGAAGUCGAGGCAACGGAGAACCUGAACUUGCCUGCGGAUUUUGGUCCAACGUUGAUAGGACAACUGGGAAUCGCCGUGGCAUACCGCGAUGCUGGUUAUAGUGAGCAGGCAGCCAGGUUUCGCAUCCCCUACUCUGGCUCUGAUAUAUAUCAUACCCGUAUAGUCACACUCGGUGUUGAAUUGUCGUGGAUUGCACUGUUCUUGUCUGCACUUACUAUGCUGGCUACAGGAAUCGCCUGGCAUAAACGACGAGCACCGACACCGUCUCUUGCUUCCACUCAGAUUGAACUUGGAAAGGGCGAGGCUGUUGUUGAGGUCAUGGCGGCCAUUGAGGAUAAAGAUCCGCGAUCACACUGA